UGUUGGCAACAUAAUAUAGUUUAUUUUUUGUUAUCUGUAAUUUUUCUAUGUUGUAUAAUUUAUUUGUCUAUGGUUUUUCACUUCCUUCCGUUUUCCAUUCGUUCUUGUAAAAGUGUGCUCAAAUAAAGUGGUUAGUGGUGUGUUAAUAUAAUAGUUUUUUUCUACGCCUGACCUCAUCUGCAAACAAUUAAAUACAGUCCACGCUCUACCACUGGAAUAACCGUGUGUGUUGGGUAUUUACACUAGUGCCCUACAUAAUGGUCCUUCUAUGAUGCGCCAUCGCCUUGUCUGCACGUGCCGUCUACGUUAAAGAAUUCUCCCGCGAGCCGUCUUCGCCUUUAAGAAUUCUCCCGAGAGGGCAGCAAGAAGCUACAACGCAGAACCCAGGACGCAGAGGUAUCCGUAGAAAGAAAAAGCAUCAACAUCAAGUUAGUUACCAACUCAUCUUUAUUACAUACGCCCGCCAUCUUUAUUACGAAGCCCUCACAAAGUCUUCAAUAUACUACCAAAGACAAAGAGGAAGGAGCACAUCAAUCAAACAAACAAGCGAAGCCGGACCGGAAAGAGCGAGUCGAUAAACACAAUAGCUGUCUGUCAAUGUCAACUGCGAUUCACUUCCUUCAGUUGGCACCACAGCAUACGAGCGCCGAAACCGACGAAUCACGUACGAGUGCAAUCAACCAGUAGCCAAUCACUGCGCGCCUCACCGUAGCAACUAGCAAACGACGCGGUCGCCGACAACGUUCGUACUGCGCGUAAGCAAGCAUCAAGCGUCAUUUAACUCCACCAUUUUGAUUUUAGUACUAAUUACUAAUUACUUGUAACAAAAUACACAUAGUUUUAAGUAUUUUUUCGGUUCAAGUGUUAACUAACAUUAGGAAAGCUAGCAAUAUAUUGCCCUAUUAGUGAACAUGGCCGACACAAAAGUUAAUAUUGCAAAAAGGGGUUAUGCAAAGAUGUCUAUUACUAAAAUUCAUAAUGCACUAUUGUCAGACGUUAAACAGACACUCGCAGCUUUAAAAAACCUCGAGGAGCCUGUCGACAGCUGGAGCAGCUUGCUUGUGUGUGUUCUAGUGAGGAAGUUAGACAACCUUACACGCUCUGCAUUCCAGAUGGAGAGAGACAACAAGUGUUUACCCACAGUAGGGGAGCUUUUAGGUUACCUGGAACGUCGAGCAUUGUCAUUGGAAAACGACUCCGUUCCCAACAAGCAACCUCAACCCCAACGGUUGACUAGUAUUGCAGUAACUGCACCUGCUUCUACCUCCUGCACCUAUUGUAAGUCUCCGCACAAGCUUUUCCAAUGUCCAAAUUUUAAAAUGGCAGCACCCACAAAACGUCUAGAGUUUGUAUUAGCAAAUAAGCUGUGCAAAAUAUGUCUGUCUUUCCAUAAACGCAACUGUAAAUAUCAUUUUAAGUGUGGUGAAUGCAAAAAGCCUCAUAACACAUUACUGCAUCAAACAGAUCAACAGCCAUCGAGCCCAUCUGUCAGUUUGUUAUCGAGCGCUCCUCGGGGACAAGUGCUUUUGCCUACUGCUAGAGUUAAGCUUAUUUCCCAGACAGGCACGAUUAUUUACGCACGAGCACUAUUGGACAGUGCCUCACAAGUAUCAUUCAUCACUGAGAAACUUGCCCUUAUAUUAGGCAAGGUUCCCGACAACAAUGCAUCAAUUAUAAUUGGCAUUACCAACACUGAGCAAACAGUUAACUUGCAAAUAAACCUUGAUGUACACUCUAUAGUAUAUCCAUAUAAGGUCAAUGUUAAUUGUCAUAUUGUUAAAACGAUAACCACAAAGUUGCCUCAAGCACCUAUCGACACUUCCAAUCUAACUUUUCCUGCUAACUGCAAUCUAGCUGACGCUACCUUUAAUAUGCCUGGUGAUGUGCAUGUAUUGUUAGGAGCUGAUGUCUUUUUCCAGGCCCUGUUGCCACUCCAUGAGUCAAUAAGUAACGAGGGUCCUGCAAAAACAGGCACAACAUUCUCCGAGCAACCAUCUAUAAUUCACACAUCAUUUGGGCACAUAGUAGCGGGACGCAGUGCCUAUGACACUGCCAACAGUAAGCAGGUUAUAUCUUUAUUUUGUCAGGAGUGUGAUAGCAAUUUAAAUGAGUCAUUGAGUGCAUUUUGGGAAACUGAGCGAGUGUCUGAAAUCUUCCCCGAGCAAUUACCUGAACAAGAGUAUUGUGAAAAGUUUUUUAAUGAGACUACAAAGCUUGAGAAUAAUACAUUUCAAGUUUCGAUGCCUAUUAAAGUCCCGUUACAUCAAAUAAACUUAGAACUGGGAGAAUCAUUUCACUUAGCCUAUAAACGAUUUCUUAAUUUGGAAAAGAAAUUACAUAAAAACACAAACCUUUUCCACGAAUACAAAAAGUUUAUCGAUGAAUAUAUUGAAUUAAAUCAUGGUGAGUACAUUAAUAUAAAUAGCUAUAAUUUAUCGAAAGAUCCUAUUUACUUUCUCCCUCACCAUGCUGUAAUUAAAGAGAAUGCUCGUUCUACAAAAUUAAGAGCAGUAUUCGACGGCUCAAUGCGUACGAACAAAAGAAUUUCAUUGAACGAUCUGUUACUCAAUGGCCCUGUAGUACAGAAAGAUUUAUUAGAAACACUUAUAGCUUUCAGAUUAGGAACCUUUUUCUUUAUCUGCGAUAUACGUAGGAUGUUUAGGUGCAUUAGAUUAGAUCCUAGUCAACGUUCACUUCAAAACAUAUUAUGGCGCGAAUCACCAGAUGAAGACAUCAAGUGCAUACAGCUGUCUACUGUCACUUAUGGUCUAAAGUCGUCAUCUUAUUUAGCCACUCGUUGCCUGAUUGAACUUGCCAAUAGAUAUAAGGAACAAUUUCCAUUAGCAUCCUCUAUUUUAAUUAAUAACACCUACGUCGACGAUGUAUUAGUUAAUAAUAAUAACAAGCAAGUAUUAUUAAAAAUGCAGACUGAAUUAGUAGAGUUACUUGCUCUGGGAGGAUUUCAGCUCCACAAGUGGGCUUCCAACUGUGACUCAGUACUCAAAAAUGUACAAAAUAAUAAUUACAACCAAGAAAGCGAGGUUGAUUUAAGCAAAACUGAAACAUCUGUAAAAACUUUAGGUAUUGAAUUCGUUAUUAAUGAUGAUACCUUUACAAGCUCAUGUCCUGAACCUUACACUAGUGUAAAUGAUAGCAAGAGAGACAUACUUAGCUAUAUUAGUAAGUUCUAUGAUCCACUAGGGUUAAUCGGUCCAAUUUUUGUUCGUGCAAAGGUAAUCAUGCAAAAACUGUGGGCUUCUAAUACAGAUUGGGACUCUCCUCCCCCACAAGACAUACGUCAGAUGUGGAUAGAAUUUGUUAGGGACUUGUCACAGAUGGAACCUUUAAGUGUACCUCGAUGUGCCAUAGCUAAUAAUUGUGUAGUCAUUCAAUUAUUAGGUUUUGCCGACGCAUCCUCAGUUGCAUAUGGCUGCUGCUUGUAUUUGCGUUCUACUGACACACAAGGCAAUGUACACAUCCAAUUGUUAUGUUCAAAAUCUAGAAUUAAUCCAUUAAAUAAAAGCCUUACUACUCCCAGGCUAGAAUUAAAUGCAGUCUUGCUUCUUACGAAAUUAACUGUAAAGGUACUCAAUGCAUUAAGUGCCAAUAAUAUAAAAUGUGAUAAUACUUACCUAUUUUCAGACUCACAAAUAGUUUUAGCAUGGCUCAAAAUAGAUUCCGCGAAACUACAGACCUAUGUCGCGAAUAGAGUAAGAGUAAUAACAGAGCUCUCUCAUAAUUAUCACUGGUUAUAUGUAAAUACUGAUGAGAAUCCUGCAGAUUGUCUCAGUAGAGGCCUUCAUCCUAAUGAACUUAAGGCUAAUAACAUGUGGUUGUAUGGCCCAUCCUUCUUAUAUGAUAAAGAUUAUAAAUUUUAUUUGAAGUCAGAGAUAGUGACACAAUUACCCGAACUUAAACAAAACAUUACAAGGGCAGUAUGUGUCAAAGUAACAGCCAUUGAUUGUGAUGUAUAUGAAAAGUUAAAGAAAUUUUCCAGUAUUAAUAAAAUGACUCGUGUACUUGCCUAUAUACUUAGAUUUUGUACAAAUAUUAAUCCUAACAAAAACAACAAAAUUAAAGGAUUUUUAUCAACCAAAGAGCUAAAUAAAGCACUAAUGUUAAUUAUAAAUAAUGAACAACACAUAUACUAUGCGAGUGAUAUUAAAUCUUUACAAGUUCACAAUCGAGUAGAUAGCAAUUUAAAACCUCUGACACCGUUCAUAGAUAAAGAUGGCAUUAUAAGAGUAGGCGGACGUUUACAAAACGCAUCAAUCCCCUACUCUAGCCAACAUCCUGCCAUAUUGCCAAAGGAAUCAAUGAUAACAGCCUUGAUAAUUAAAGAUGAACACAUUAAGCUAUUACAUGCCAGUCAAAAACUAUUAUUAAGCUCUAUUAGGCAGAGAUUUUGGAUCAUUGAUGGUCUAAGAACAAUAAAAAAAAUUAUUCACAAAUGUGUAACCUGUUGCAGAUUGAAAGCCGCUGCUGCAGCUCAGCUGAUGGGUUCCUUGCCUACGCAACGCGUAAACGCGUGCCGCGUCUUUGAAAAAAUUGGUAUUGACUUCGCUGGGCCAGUUUCGGUAAAAAAUAGCCGCAUUCGAAAGCCAACUAUAGGCAAAGGUUACAUUGUAUUGUUUGUAUGUUUUGUCACUAAAGCUAUUCAUCUAGAGCUAGCCUCAGAUUUGACAACCGAUACUUUUCUCGCAUGCUUUAAACGAUUCAUUGCGAGACGAAACCUGCCCAGCGACGUCCACUGUGAUAACGGCUCGACGUUCAAAGGGGCAAGGAACCAAUUAGAUGAACUGUAUCGCUUGCACGCUUCUCGAAGUCACCAAUGCGAAGUACAAUCCUUCGCGGCUGCUAGAGGAAUCAAUUUCCACUUUAUACCUAGUUACAGCCCGAUAUUUGGUGGACUUUGGGAAAGCGGUGUAAAAAGCGUGAAAUAUCACUUGAAACGUGUAGUAGGCAAGGCGUUACUCACGUAUGAGCAACUCAAUACUGUUCUAGUAGAAAUAGAGGGCGUUCUUAAUUCUAGACCGCUCACCGCAGUUACUGCCGACCCAAAUGACCUCAAUUACCUCUCUCCAGGUCAUUUUCUGACAGGAGCACCUCUUAAUUCUUAUCCAGAACACAAUAUGUCAGAUACACCAACUAAUUUACUUAAAUUUUGGUCUAUAACCGUAAGUAUGAAACAAAACUUUUGGAAAUAUUGGAGUAAACAUUAUUUGUGUCUUUUACAAAGCAGGCCCAAAUGGCGUGACGUUUCUUCUAACGUAAAAAUUGGUAGCUUGGUCAUAUUACGUAGUGAUAAUAGUCCUCCUUUGCAUUGGCCUAUGGCUCGUGUGUCCAAUAUCUUUCCAGGGAAAGAUGGCCAGGUUAGAACUGUCGAAGUUACUCUUUCAAACGGUCAUGUUCACAAUAGGGCAUUAUCAAAAAUAUGUUUGCUACCUAUCGAUUCAUAAAAGUGUUUGAUUCUAAAAUGUAUAAUUUUAAUAUUUAAGUAUUCCUAUGUCUACACAACCUAUGUUGUAAAAUUUAUGCUGUAUUUGUCAAUUAAAUUUUAAAUUGUUCAUUUUGAGGGCGCAGCUUAUGUUGGCAACAUAAUAUAGUUUAUUUUUUGUUAUCUGUAAUUUUUCUAUGUUGUAUAAUUUAUUUGUCUAUGGUUUUUCACUUCCUUCCGUUUUCCAUUCGUUCUUGUAAAAGUGUGCUCAAAUAAAGUGGUUAGUGGUGUGUUAAUAU